GUCCCGGGCAUGGAGAUACCUACUCAUAUGAAGGCUUGGAUGUAUUACGAGUACGGAAGCUUCACCGAUGUCCUGAAAUUCGAUGAGGCCAAAACAACUAGUGUGCCGCAGGUUAAAGAUGACCAGGUACUCAUCAAGGUUGUCGCCGUGGCGCUUAAUCCGAUCGAUGCCAAAAGAAUGACCGGGUUUUUCAAGCCCACAGAUUCUCCUCUUCCUACUAUCCCGGGGUACGAUGUGGGCGGAGUGGUGGUUAAGGUGGGAGCGCAAGUGAAGCAGCUGAAAGUAGGAGAUGAAGUAUAUGGGAACAUAAACGAGAAACCUUUAAGAGACACCAAACAAUUCGGAUCGUUGGCAGAGUACACGGCAGUUGAAGAGAAGCUGUUGGCUCUGAAGCCCAAAAAUCUGAGUUUUCCUGAAGCUGCUGGGCUUCCACUUGCCAUUGAGACUGCUUAUCAAGGCCUUGAAAGAUGUGGGCCUUUACAUGGUAAAUCUGUUCUUGUUUUGGGAGGUGCUGGUGGGGUUGGAUCUCUUGUCAUUCAGCUUGCAAAGCACGUGUUUGGGGCUUCUAGAGUAGCAGCUACAUCCAGCUCUGGGAAACUAGAGUUUUUGAAGAGUUUGGGUGUUGAUUUGGCCAUUGACUACACCAAGGAGAACUUGGAAGACCUACCAGAGAAGUUUGAUGUUGUAUUUGAUGGAAUUGGGCAGAGCAACAAGGCAGUGAAGGCGAUGAAAGAAGGCGGGAAUGUCGUGGGGAUAAUCGUUGAGGUCACCCCUCCUGCUUACCGAAUGAUUGUGACUUCAGAUGGAUCUGUUUUAGAAAAACUGAACCCUUUCUUGGAGAGCGGAAAGGUAAAGCCAAUAGUUGACUCUAAGGGCCCGUUUCCAUUCUCUCAAGUCGCUGAAGCUUUUGCUUAUCUAAAAACUGGCAAAGCUAUUGGAAAAGUCGUCAUCUAUCCAAUUCCAUAAAAUGUGCUUGUAAUAAGCCGUUUUCAUGACUUUCAAUUCCAUUUGUGGCGUAUGCGCUAAAAACUAGCUUAAAUAAAGAUGAUUAUCUAGAUGCAAGAGAGUAUCUGCUUUUGGCUUCAGCUUCGUAACAAAUUAGUAGCUAAUUUGUUGUUCAGCUUCAAAUGGGA